AGCAGAUCCGUCAUUCCUGUCAUUUUGUAAUGUUGUGAUAUCUGGGACCACAGGAGCAGUUCCCACGAACCACUGACGUCCAGCGGGAAACUGCGGCGCGUGCAGCCGACACCGGAGCUCGGCGAGGCCUGUUUGUUUCGGUGGAUAGCGAGGCCUUCCUUCGAUGCUAAGCUAGUUAGCUAACUGUCACCGUUAGCAGGGUUCGUGAAUGUGACAGGAACGACCGGCCGAGGGAAACCUUCCCAGCGACACUCGAACGAACGACGCAGGUCUAACAAAUAUGUGCACGUAAGCUAAUAACGUUAUCCGCCGUGAAUGGGUAACGUUAACGCAGACAGGUGAGUGCAGCCUGAGAAGCGCGUCCAGGUGUCACUCCCACUCUGUGACCGAGACAUCGCUUCGCGGCAGCAGCGCUCUCGUCCAGCUGUAAGAUGUGGUUGAAGCUCUUCUUCCUGCUCCUGUAUUUCAUAGUGCUAUUCAUGCUAGCGAGGCUCUUUGAGGCGGUAGUUUGGUAUGAGGCCGGUAUGUUCGCCACUCAGCUGGUUGACCCAGUCACUCUCAGUUAUAAGAAGUUGAAGACCAUCCUGGAGUGUCGAGGGUUGGGAUACUCCGGUCUGGCGGAGAAGAAGGACGUCAGCGAGCUGGUCGAGAAAUCCGGAGAGUUGACGCAAGGCGAGCUGUACUCGGCCAUCAAGAAAGAGAAGGAGCAGACGGAGGCAGGAGAUGCCAGCACAACACACUUCAGUGGAGAGAUGCACUUCUAUGAAUUAGUGGAGGACACUAAAGAUGGGAUAUGGCUGGUUCAGGUCAUUGCCCAGGACCGGGACGCUCUGCUCAGUCAGUCCAACUGGGGGAAGAUGGUGCAGAAAGUGUCUCAGUUUGGGAUCAGAACUGGAACCUUUAACUGCUCUAAUGACUACAGGUCAUGUAUCAAGCGCGGAUGGCAGCGCUCCACUCUGAUCAUGUCCGUUCCCCAGACCUCGGCAUCGAAGGGUAAAGUCAUGCUCAAAGAGUACAACGGCCGUCGCAUUGAAACGGAGCACAUCUUCCGCUGGAUGACCUCACACGUGGCCCAUCGAAUCAAAACCCUGCAUCAGUCUGAGCAGCUGGUGGAGGAGUGGCGCUCUGACCCGGCCCACCCGGUGAAGAUGUUUCUGUUCGCCCAUCUCUCCCAGCCGCCCGCCUUCUUCUCCGCGUUGUCUGUCAAGUUCACCGGCAGGAUUGAGUUCAUCUUCGUGGAUGUACGUCGCUGGGACAACCACAGCAUCCUAUCGGAGAUUGGUGUGACACAGAGCCCCGCCUACAUUCUCAAGAUGCCUGAGGGCAUCUAUCGCUAUGGCAACAGUAAGGGGGAGUUCUUGUCCCUGGCUGCCAUGGAUACUUUUCUACGAUCGAUCCAGCCGGAGGUCGAUGAUCUGUUUGUCCUCAGUCUGGUCCUCAUCAACUUGCUAGCCUGGAUGGACCUCUUCAUCACACAGGGAGCAACAGUGAAACGAUUUGUAGUUCUGAUCCGCACUCUUGGAACCUACAACUCCAUCCUGCUGGGGUCCUGGCUUCCUGUUCUGGCUCUCCUCCAGCUGCCCUAUCUGGAAACUCUGUACGGUUAUAGUCUGAAGCUGCUUCGGUAUGCUGACACCACCACUUUGGCCAGCCUGGUGAGAGCCGACUGGACCUUCUACUCAUCCCACCCGGCUCUCUUCCUGUCCACCUACCUGGCCCACGGCCUGCUGGUCGACUACUUUGAGAAGAAACGCCGCUGUGGCAUCAGGAGCCAAGAGGACAACACCACCAACAUGGAGUGGCUGGCCAGUCUGUGGGACUGGUACACUUCCUAUCUGCUCCACCCAAUCGCAUCGCUGCAGCAGGUCCCGUCUGACAACUCCGACUGGGAGGAUGACCCCAACCUCUUAUUAGAGCGUUUGGCUUUUCCCGACCUCUGGCUCCGCCCUUUAAUUAACACAGACUAUAUUAAAGCCCUGCCAACCUGGAGCUUCCGAGCUGUCGGGGAGGACACGGAGGGGGAGGAGGAGGAGGAGGAAGAGGAAGAGGAAGAGGAGGAGGAGGAGUCUGGGAGGCUGGAUAAAGAGCCGGAUAGUUUACAGUCAGACACAGAGAGCAGGGAGCAGAUGGAUUCCCCUCCACAUAGCAGCAGCAGACAAGAGAGGUGUGUGUGCGGUCAGGACCGCAACACACAGCUCCCGGUGUGCAACAACAUGGCCGCCAUCUGCUGUCCACACGGGAACAGAGGCUCGCCGUCCGCCAACGGGGCACCGAAGGGCGGCCGUCCCUGUGAUUGGUCGCUGUGGCCCUGUGGCAUGCUGCGCUGCUCCGAGUGCGUGGUGUGUCUGGAGACGUUUGCGGGCGAGGAGCUGCUGACGGGUCUGCCCUGUGGCCACGCCUUCCACCAGCACUGCAUCGUGGUGUGGCUGGCAGGAGGCAGGCACUGCUGCCCGGUGUGCCGCUGGCCCAGCUACAGGAAGAAGCAGCAGAGAGCCGCACAGAGCGCUGCUCAGGUCCCACUGCAGGACUGAGGGAGGAGCGCUCCUGGUGUCACCGCUGCUCGAUCGGGACCGGGGAAGAGUUCAGGAGGAAACGUAACCCGUGGGUCUGAUCGGGACGGCGUUUGUCAUCAAUCGGCUUGCUUUCAUUACCGUUGAAGGUGAUAUUCUGGCCAUUAUUUCCGACGGAUGAAACUGCGGUUUCUGCACAGGAAGGAUGUGGAUUCACACCGUUGGAGAAGUCGCAGCAAACUGCUUGGUGCAAUAAAGACAUCUUUCUGGUUUUGCCUUCUUUUACCCAGAAACCAUCAGUUUUCACAUGGUGUUGCGUCAUCAAGCUGGACAAGAAGCGUAUUUAAUUUAAUGCUUAUCAACUGUGUACACCUGUACACUAACUGCUCCAUCCUGUGUCAUGACUGCCUGCAAAUGCAAACACCUCCACGCUCUAUGGGUUUGUGUUGUAUUUAGAACGGUCAGAACUAGGAGGAACCUUCUCUAUCAAACCCUCCCGUUGGUCAACACAAGAAAGAAGUACUACGAUUAAUCAGUCAGCACAACGGUACAAUGAAUGUUGGGUGUGUAAUAUCACACUUACGAUUCUGAGGCAAGCAGAAGGACUCAAUUGUACACAACUCAAGUAUUUAUAGUGAUGAUGCCCAGAGAAUAGGCUUAGUUAAUAGUUUCUACCUGUAAUCUGACCCCAUCUCAUAGUUUGUUUGUGCGUCUCGUGCAUUUAAAACUUAGCGUUGGAGCUGUGAUGUGUCAUUUAGAACCCAAACCCAUCCGGUUGUGUUUAGGUGAGCAUCCAACGUACAGCAUGCUGGUCGUAGUGAGGAUGGGUGUAUUCAGCAACACAUCUGGAUCACCAGCGCUCGGUCCUGAUGACAUUCUAAUCUCCAGUGUGAUAUCGGAGCCCGGUCACCCCGUGGCUUGAUGAGCUCUAAACCACGUGGAGGGCGCUCACAUUGAUGUGGGGCAGGUGGGUGGAGAAUGGUGCAGCAUUGUCAAAAAUACAUUAGAGGCCGCUCACAUGCACACUGACCUGCUGGCAUUAUCAUCAUCAUGGAUGAAGAUGUUUUACUAAAGAUCAACAGCAAACGUUCACCUAUAUGAAGGAAUCCUACAGGUUGAAGAAGUGUAAGCAAGAUUCUGCAUGGACUCCCCAGAAUACUAAACCUAGUCAACGUGGUAUUUGAGAAUCUAAUGAAAUGUCAAGGAAUCUUCAGGCACACUUAGAACGAUUUUGACAACGCCUGUAUUUUUAGGUUAUGCUAUAAUAUAAUGUUAUAUCAGAAAUGACUACGCACCACCUCUGGGUGUGACUUUUUAUCAUGGCCACUAGCCAUGUGUCAGGCUAGCGACGUUACUAAACCAACCCAAUUAAAGCUGCACUAAUCAACACGUUAUAUUUCCAGGAGGUCAAAUGACUCUGUGCUGUAAAAGGUGUCGUAGUGACAAACAGAGAAUUAUAACUGUUCCCGCUCCCCCUUUGUCCUUUGACCUUAAAUGAUCUUAAAGCUCUCAUCAAUGUCAUUUCCAGUAGCAGCACACAGCCUGCUCAACAGGGAACCGCAGAGAGACACAGUUUGAGACGAGCUGGCGAGCACAGCCUGGUCCAGUAGCUCAAGAGACCGACAUGUGGCUGGGCAGGGUGGAGACCAAACCAGAGAUAAAAGGACAGAAUAUAGGAUCCAGCCUCCUGCACGGGGUUAAUCCUAUUAUCUGCUGCGUGUGGAUUCACCAUAAUCAAUUUUAUAGGACGAUAUGUCAGAUGUGUUGAGAGUUUGCCCAAUAAAUAAAUAAAUGAAUGCACCUAUAACGACACAGUGGUAUUAUUUAAUCAUGUAUGACUGACCAUAAAAUAAAAAUACCAUACAGUUGUAUUAACUUUAAUUGGUGCAAAUUGAUUGGUAUAUAUCUGUUCUCGGUAAGGUAACGUGACAUGGACAUGUCGUUGCUGAGAUAGAGAGACUUAUAUGGUGCCGGGCUCAGUGGCCAGCAGGGUCGUCCUUCAAUCAAAUCGGGCUGGACGCUUGACCCCAAAAUGGCUCCCGUGUGAAUUGUUCAAUGCGCUUUGAGUGGUCUGAAGAUUAGAAAAGCGAUAGAUGCAUGAAGUGAAAAUCCAGAUGAUAUUUCUUUUAAAGUCUGAUUUUCUAUUUUGGUUUCUCUUCAGAAUUAUCUGAUGGUGGUGUGUGUGUGGGGGGGACUCUUGAAUUAUAAAACCACUUGAUGUGCUCUCAUUGGACCUGGAUGAUCGGCCCCCUGUCCUGGGUCUCCAGGCCUCAGCAGAACCCCAUGUUCACUGUGUAGCAGAUGGUAUGUGGUGAUAUGAUCCAUUGUAGUUGUAUUUGGGAAUCUGCAGCGAUAAAGUACAAUAUCCACUGACUUCAUGAGAGGUUAUCAAUUCAAAUCUAGUUUCGAGAGCUUUUGUUCUUUCAGCUGAUUCUGUUUUAUCAUUAUUUUGUGUGCUUGAGAUGCCGUUUAGAAUCCCUGUACUAUUGAAAUAAAGCUGAGUCGAAAGUGGUGCUUA